AUGAGGAAAAAUGUUGGUUCUCAUUCAGGAAGGAUGUUUAGUGACAAGAAAUGGAUUAUCCCAUUUUUCGCAAGUUUGUUGGUAUCUGCCAGCAUGGUUCUGACGGCUAUUCUAGGUGAAUUUAGUUCUUCUGGCAGGGAAGAGCUGUUGCCGCUGGUUGAUGUGAUUUCACUCAACGGACUAGAGGAUAAUUCCAGUGGAUAUUUUGUGGAGUCAGAUUUGGAGAGGUCUUUUAAUGGUAGUGUUGUUGUGAAGAUGAAGGUGCCUAAGUUUGCAUACCUUAUUUCGGGCACAAAGGGUGAUAGUCAUAGGAUGCUGAGGACAUUAGAGGCAGUGUACCACCCCAGAAAUCAGUACAUUUUGCAUUUAGAUCUUGAGGCGCCGCCCCGGGAAAGGUUGGAGUUGGCAAAUGCAGUGAAAGCUGAUCCAAUAUUCAGGGAAGUGGAGAAUGUGCGUGUUAUGUCUCAAUCUAAUUUGGUUACUUACAAGGGUCCUACAAUGAUUGCUUGUACUCUUCAAGCUAUUGCGAUACUAUUGAAGGAGAGUUCGGAGUGGGACUGGUUUAUAAACCUCAGUGCCUCAGAUUAUCCUCUUGUGACACAGGAUGAUAUGCUUCAUGUUUUCUCUAAUCUGUCAAGAGAUCUCAAUUUCAUUGAACAUACACGCAUUACCGGUUGGAAAUUGAACCAAAGAGCAAGGCCCAUCAUUAUUGAUCCCGCCUUUUACUUAUCAAAGAAAUCUGAUUUGGCAGUGACUUCUCAGAAAAGAACACUUCCCACUUCUUUUAAAUUGUUCACAGGUUCAGCUUGGGUUGUACUAACACGGUCUUUUGUGGAGUAUUGUAUAUGGGGAUGGGAUAACUUUCCGCGGACGAUGCUUAUGUAUUAUACAAAUUUUGUCUCCUCGCCAGAGGGAUAUUUUCAUACUGUUAUUUGUAACACUGAGAAAUUUCGGCACACUGCAAUAAGUCAUGAUCUUCACUACAUUGCUUGGGACAGUCCUCCAAAGCAACAUCCAAUAUCUUUAUCUAUGAAGGACUAUGAUAAAAUGGCUAAGAGCAAUGCUCCCUUUGCCCGGAAGUUUGGAAAAGAUGAUACAGCCCUAGACAAGAUCGACAAAGAGCUUUUGGGGCGCACACAUAGAUUUUCUCCAGGAGCGUGGUGUAUUGGGACAUCAGAUGGUGGAGCAGAUCCGUGUUCUUUGCGGGGAAAUGAUACAGUGUUAAGGCCAGGACCUGGUGCGGAGAAGCUACACCAGUUGCUUCAGGUGCUGUUAUCUGAAGAAUUUAUAAGUAAACAGUGUUUGUGA